AGCAUCAUUCGCUGUGAUGAAGAUGAAGCUCAUGUUGCAUCUGUAUAUUGCACUGUGUGUGCGACUCACUUGUGCUCAGAGUGUUCUCAAGUUACUCAUUCUACAAAGACAUUAGCGAAGCACAGGCGAGUGCCUCUAGCUGAUAAACCUCAUGAGAAAACAAUGUGCUGUCAGCACCAGGUGCAUGCCAUUGAGUUUGUUUGCUUGGAAGAAGGUUGUCAAAGUAGCCCACUCAUGUGCUGUGUCUGCAAAGAAUAUGGAAAACACCAAGGUCACAAGCAUUCAGUACUGGAACCAGAAGCUAACCAGAUCCGAGCAUCAAUUUUAGACAUGGCUCAUUGCAUACGGACCUUCACUGAGGAAAUAUCAGAUUAUUCCAGAAAAUUAAUUGGAAUUGUUCAGCACAUUGAAGGAGGAGAACAAAUAGUGGAAGAUGGAAUUGGAAUGGCUCACACAGAACAUGUCCCAGGUACUGCAGAGAAUGCUCGAUCGUGUGUCAGAGCUUAUUUUUCUGAUUUACAUGAAACUCUUUGUCGUCAAGAAGAAAUGGCUCUAAGUGUUGUUGAUGCCCAUGUUCGAGAAAAACUGAUUUGGCUCAGGCAGCAACAAGAGGAUAUGACUAUUCUCUUGUCCCAGGUUUCAACAGCCUGCCUCCAUUGUGAAAAGACUUUGCAGCAGGAUGACUGCAGAGUUGUAUUGGCAAAACAAGAAAUCACAAGACUAUUAGAAACACUGCAGAAACAGCAGCAGCAGUUUACAGAAGUUGCAGAUCAUAUUCAGUUGGAUGCCAGUAUCCCAGUCACUUUUACAAAGGACAACAGAGUCCAUAUUGGACCCAAAAUGGAAAUCCGAGUAGUUACAUUAGGAUUAGAUGGUGCUGGAAAAACUACUAUUUUAUUCAAGUUAAAACAAGAUGAGUUCAUGCAGCCUAUUCCAACAAUUGGUUUUAAUGUGGAAACCGUGGAAUACAAAAAUCUAAAAUUCACCAUUUGGGAUGUGGGUGGAAAACACAAAUUAAGACCGUUGUGGAAACAUUAUUAUCUCAACACACAAGCUGUUGUAUUUGUUGUUGAUAGCAGUCAUAGAGACAGAAUUAGUGAAGCACACAGUGAACUUGCAAAGCUGUUAACAGAAAAAGAACUCCGAGAUGCCUUGCUCCUGAUAUUUGCUAACAAACAGGAUGUUGCUGGAGCACUGUCAGUAGAAGAAAUCACUGAACUUCUCAGUCUCCAUAAAUUAUGCUGUGGUAGGAGCUGGUAUAUUCAGGGCUGUGAUGCACGAAGUGGUAUGGGGCUCUACGAAGGGCUGGACUGGCUGUCCCGGCAACUUGUGGCUGCUGGGGUGUUGGAUGUUGCUUGAUUCUACUGCAGCAGUUGUUUCAGGCUUAUGGUUAAAAGUUACUUUGCAUGUGAUGCAUUCUAAGAAUUCUACAUCUCAAAUAUGAUAAUUUAGAAUGUAUAUAUAGGACUCCUGGACUGAGAAGUAUACUAUUGCUUUAAAAAAUUAUUCUGUGAGAAAUUUAAAUGACCAUGUUACAUUGGUUAAAUAGAGAUGUGGAUAAACACUUUAAGAAGGUAUUGGAAAUUUUCAGUUUAUAUAUGACCUGUAUAUUGGAAGAGAAGUGGUUACAGAAAAUAAGUAAGAGAAGGUUCUUUAUUUCAAUUAAAAAAAAAAAAAAACAAAAACCAAAAAACACACACAAAAAAACAAAAACGGCCAGUGGAGUGCCUAACAGAACCUAGCAAGUAUGGUGUCUUUACCCCACCUUUUAUUCAGUUUUGGCAGUGCUGAGCAGUAGACAUGGCAGUUGUGUUCUAGAACUGAAUGAAGUUGUAUUGGGGUAAUAGGAUUGCUUUACUUUCACAUUCAGCAUAACAUUAUCGUUAGUGCUGGGGACUAAAGUAUAGAAAAUAAGAUUUUUCUAUAGUCUUGUAUAACUUUUCUAACGCAUUCUGCAUAAUGCACAGAAAGAAUGAAAUAGUAUCUAAGUGGACCUUGUCAGUAAACUGGUACUAAACUAAGAACAAUAAGAACUGUGAAAGUUGUUUGAUCUCCACUCACAAGAACCAUUUCUAGAACUGGGCCUAAUUUAUUUCCUAGGUCAGAUCCCUAAAUUGGUCCUUUAGUUGUUUAGCACAUUUACUUUGGCUAAGUAAUAUUGCAUCCUUUGUUGGUAAAGUGUCGUAAGUUACAUGAAGAACAAGUCAUUUAAACAUAAACAAAGAGACCUAAAUAGAAAACUACCUAUGCUUGAAAGGUUAUUCAGGUUAUUCAAGCAGUAGGGAAUGCUAAUUUCUUUAACAUGGUUCCCAAGUGAAGUGCGUUUACUUGACAAUAAAAAGGAUCAAGGCUCUUCAGGACAAGGUCUCCCUUAAAGAGAACAUGUCUAAAGGAAAAGAAACUUUAAAAAGUUUACAGUUAUUAUGGCAGUGUUGUGAAUAAAGUUUUUUAGUUUCUUAUUUGUAAAAGACACUCUUAUUAUGGAAGCAUGAUUUCUUAUAUUUAAGUAGCUAGAUUUCUUGUUAUUAAUGCUCUUUUUACUUUAGGAUGAAGUCGAGUUAUAACUUAGUGCAUUGUUACAAGGACAGUGAUAUCUGGCAAUAGGAUGUGAUUUUUAGGUGGCACUGUACUGGUUCAGUUUUUGCAACUGUGCUUUUUCUUUUUUAACUUUUAGAAAACAGCAUUAGAAAAAGCCCAUCAAGUGUUAUGGGCAAUAUGUAAAUAAAAAUAUAAUAUUUUGUCCUUUGUUUUUCAAGAAAGCCACUGGUCAUGCUGUUACAAGUAGUUUGUGUGCAUAUGUAAUACUUUAUAGUUAAAUUAUUUAAUAUUUGACUGAUUUCAGUAACUGUGAAAAAUAAGAUGUUGCAUUUGCUUGUGAGACCUUGAACUGUUUUCUGUAGUAGGUAACUGAAAAUGUUGACACUAAGAUGUGAACUUGCUUUUCUUGUAAAUUAUGAAGUUUAUUAUUUCACUAAUUUUGUUAAACUUUGUAAUUUAUAUUCUUAAAAUAUAACUAAACAAUUUUAAAGUUGUGCAUAAAUCUGACUGUAAUACAGAUAUAAUGUGGUA